CCCCCCCCUCCCCAUCCUGGAUACAGAUCUAUACCUACAGUAAUAGGAGCACAUGUAUUUGUGAUGGGAGUACCACUCAGAUCUAAUAUAGAUUUAUUCUAACCUGGCUACGCGACUGCAGAUAAAACAGACUUUUCUCUCCUACAGGCAGCUCUUGCGAAAAAGGGGAAAACUCAACGGGAAAUAUCUGUCUGCGGAAAGGAGGAAAAAAAAAAAAGGGGGGGGGGAACGUUGAAGGUGCCGGAGGCUUAAUUUUUUUUUUUUUUUUUAAUUAAUUUCUAGAAGAAACAUGAAUUCUUUGAAGGAUGCGGAGGCUUAGCCAAGGCUGCAGAAUCAGAUCGCAAGCCCACGGCCGAAGGUAACUGUGCAGCAUUAUCGAGUGGGCUCCCCCUGCUUCUUAGAAUGAGUAAUUGCAGCAGCCGGGCAUUGACCCUACUCAGUAGUGUCUUUGGGGCAUGUGGUCUCCUUCUAGUAGGGAUAGCUGUAAGCACUGACUACUGGCUCCACAUGGAAGAGGGGAUUGUUCUGCCUCAGAACCAGACGACAGAAGUAAAGAUGGCUCUUCACGCAGGACUUUGGAGGGUGUGUUUCGUAGCUGGUCGGGAGAAGGGUCGCUGUGUGGCAUCAGAAUUUUUCCACGGGCCAGAUACCGAUAUUGUAACGGAAAAUACAGCAAACAUACUCAAGACAAUCCGCAGUGCCACCCCAUUUCCAAUGGUCAGCCUUUUUCUUGUGUUCACUGCCUUUGUAAUAAGUAACAUUGGGCAUAUUCGGCCCCAGAGAACCAUUCUUGCGUUUGUUUCUGGAAUCUUCUUUAUACUAUCUGGUCUUUCCUUGAUUGUGGGUUUGGUCCUCUACAUCUCAAGCAUCAAUGAUGAAGUCAUGAACCGGCCCAGUAGCUCAGAACAGUACUUCCAUUAUCGCUAUGGCUGGUCUUUUGCUUUUGCAGCUUCAUCAUUUCUCUUGAAAGAGGGUGCUGGAGUAAUGUCAGUCUAUCUUUUCACCAAACGCUACGCUGAAGAGGAAAUGUACCGCCCCCACCCUGCCUUCUACCGACCUCGGCUCAGCGACUGCUCUGACUACUCCGGUCAGUUUCUUCACCCUGAGGUGUGGCAUCGUGGCCGCAGUCCUUCGGACAUCUCCAGCGACGUGUCAAUCCAGAUGACUCAAAACUAUCCGCCAGCCAUCAAGUAUCCAGAUCACAUACACAUAUCUACGUCACCCUGCUAGAGUCAUAAACAACUGGAAAAUAUUUGGAAGUUGCUAUGUAUCUCCAUAGGUUCGACCUCUCCAGGCAGACAUCAGAGUUUUGCCUGUUUAAUCAGAGACCGUGUUCCGUGGAGCUCAGCAGUGAACAUUUACUUCCAAGCAUCUGGAUUGCUACAGUUCCUAUCUCAUCUUAAAUCCAUAUAUUCUUAUGUAUGCCCUUGUUUUCCAAUCAUUCUAUCAUUCCAACAAGGAUUUCCAUGUUUGGUUCUCGUUUCAUGAAACAGGAGCUAUUUAGGGGGCCACAAGACUCCACCAUUUACUCUUUCCAUACGUUUGUCUCUCCAGUUUUUCUUAGAUCCUUAAUUCCAGCCAUUGUGGCCUCCUGGAGAGCCUUUUCUUAACUCAGCCAAGGGAUUCUUGACAUAAAGAAGACCUGCACUACAAGCCAUGUGAACAAUUUUUCCUGAUUUUAGAAUGGAAAUCACAAGCUGGAACAAAAGAGAAUGUGAGAAAAAAAAAUCAUUAUCUUCCACUUUAUUUGGAUGAGCCAUUUAAAAAACUAUUAAUACAUGGUUAUUGGGCAAAGCACCUUGACACCAAUGUAAAGGGAAAAGAAUACCUGUCUCCCAGAAAUCACUUUUAACCCUUGAUUUACUCAAGACUCUACAGCAUGAGCAAACGUCUAUUCUUUUUAAAUUGCCAUUAUUAGUGACUUUCAGUUGUAGAGAUAAGAAAAACAUGUUAUUAACUGGUACAGGCUAAUUUAGCGUCUUUUAAUUUUUCUAAAGGUCACCCAUACUUAAUCAUAUUGCUAAUUAAAGAGGAUACAGAAACACUCAUAUAGACCUUGCUAGGACCUGCUGUAUGUGAUGCAAUAGUUCAGGGAUAGGCAGUCUUUUUUUUUUUAUUCCAGAUGAACUAGAGCUCUAUUGUAAAUGUAGUCAAUUGGUUGAAGGAUGUAGGAUGUUGUAUGUUAGCUGAGUGAUGGACUGACUAAGGGGUACAACAUAUGGGCUGGUAAUGAUUGCAGGGAUUUAUAUGAGCUACUUGAGGUACAGUAUGCAGAUAGUUGGAUCUAUGUGCAUACUGAGCAACAUGUUGCUCCCCAACUCCUUGGAUGUUGCUCUUAGUGCCCCCAAACCAGCUAGUUAUUUUUUACUUCAUGACUUGGGGGCAAGUUUUGGUUGAAUAAAAACCAGGUGUACUGCCAAACAGAGCCUCCAAUAGGCUGCCAGUUGACAAAGGGGCUGCCAAAUAUCCAAUAACAGCCUUUAUUUGGCACCGCAGAGGCUUUUAAUGCUUGUGUUGUUCCCUAACUCAUUUUACAUUUGAAUGUGGCUCACAAGUAAAAAAGUUUGGGGUCCCCUGGUCUAAGGCAUACAGGUAAUUGCCUGAGCUAGUAUAUCUGUAUAUCUGUAAAAGUUAAAGCACUGAAGAUUACCGAGACAUAUCUCAGUACUAAUGGAUUGUAUAUUAUGGGAAAUUAUUAUUAGGCACUUAAAACCACUUAUUACAGGGCUGCACUGGCUAAAAAGGAAUGUUUGUCUGUUCUAAAUAAUAAUUUCAUUUAAAAUGAGUGAAUUUAGGAGCCCUAUUCUUGCUUCCUCAAGGAAAAGGGAGGGGAUAGAAAAUACCUGUAGCAGGUGUAUGUCUCUUAGAAAGGGAAAUCACAUCUGCAAAAAUAUAUAUAUGUUUUUCUUAAGAGAGGUAUUGCCGGCCAAUGAUGCCCCAGUACAGCAGACCCAAUGCAGUGCCUUUUACAGGCUGUCAGGGAUCCACCAGGUCUUAUACUUGCAGGAAGGGGCUGAGUACCCCAACCUCACUGUGACUUUCAGCAUAAUCAAGUAUUAUAUUCCUCUUGUCUGAAUUCAAAAAGUUCAGACUAUUCUGACUAAAGUGACUAAAGGUCAUUCGAUGGGUCUAAAUUGUUACUCUGACUCCCAACCCCAAAGCAGUUGAAGAGGCUGGUAAGCUUGAAGGCCAUUUAGGUGGAGACUUCUAACUUUCAUUUCUAUAUAUCGAAGCAUAGUCUAAAGGAAAUGUUUGUUAAAUUCUUGGAUAAACAUGUAUCUGCUGCCCUACACUUCCCUCCAGUUACAGCUGCAUGAGUGAUAUAAUAACAGUAGCAUGACUAUAGGCAGAGCAGACCCCACUAUUGUGGAGACUCACAUACGGAGAUGGCCCAGUAAUAACCUUGUAUCCUUGUUCCCAAACCAGUAACUGCCCCAUUGCUGGACUGAAAAGGGAUCGUAAACCCAAAAGUAUAAAUAUUGAUGGCCCAAGCUGCCCAUCACAAAAUAAUUUUAGCUUAAAAAUGAUAAUCAUGGUGUUGCUUCACUGACCUUUCCAUUAACUGCUCUACCCUUCCCUAAUUGAUACUAAUACUUAUGUACCUUUAGUUAGGCUGCUACAUUUACAGUGGUGCAAUUGGAUGCUAUUCAGUAUCAAAUGAAUUUUAGGGCUCACAAAACGCCACCUAUAUAUAAAGUGCUUCCUGUAUAGUUAGUGCACAUUAGCUAUACUCACUAGAGCAGUUGAUCUGUCCUCUAGGCUCCUUCCUCGCACACACCCAGCACUUCCCUCAUACUGAAUGUAAUUCUCACACAGUGUUGGACUGAGGUUGCCAAGGACCCAUCAGAAAACCUUAGGCCUCAGGCCCACUCACUCUCCAGACCAUCGUUCCUUCUCUGUUCACUCACUUUCUUUAAUUACUUAUUUUUACAUACUCUUAUCUAUCCUUUCUUCCAUGCCUUCUGUUUCGACUCAUAUAGAAUUGAGUAAUGGCCAUAUACAAGGCAAAUGUUUGGGUAAGCAAGACAACUGGGCCCACCAGGAGUUUUCCUGGCAUCGCAGUGGGCCAGUCUGACACUGUUCUUACAAUAGAAGGUACAGGCAAUAAAGUCACAAAUCUAUCCAAAUUCCAUCUAAAUACACCAUAACGGAUGCACGGCUAGCUCCUGCCUAUGUGAGGUAGACACUGUUAGUAGCCUUGGCUAAAUAUGUGUUUUGAGAAAAUUGUAUUUCCUAGCCUGAAUUGGUAUGGAGAACUGGCAUUUCUACCUACAUAUCUGUCUGUAAAGGAUAAAGUUGGUUUAGAAUGAGUAUUCCUAUUGGCACAGUUGACUGGAAGCCCCACGGAAGCAGGUGAUUUACCAUCCACCCUCCAUAAGCCAAGCUUUUUGUGUUUUAUUGUCUUUCUCCCCUCCUUGCUUGCUAAAGCGGCACAUCUUUCACCAGUCUGGAACAUUUCAGUCUUUGAGCUACUGUAGCUAUGAAAAAAAAAUGGAAGUUUCCGAAUUGGUGUUUUCUUUUUUCUGGCAAACACUCUGCAAUGACAAUAAAGAUGGCUCUGAUAUGAAAUACGCGCAGACUUUUGUUCUGCAGCAGAGGAGACUGCGUUUCAGGAUGCUCGGUAUUCUGCAUGCUAAUCAGUAGUGUGGAUAAAUACUGCUGGCACAAAUGACACUAAAACAUCUUUACGACUAAGGCAGCAUAAAGACCGGCAAUAUAACGAACGUUCCGUUGGAUUCUAAACACCAACAACCAAAAUUUCUGCCUGAAGACUUUUUUUUCCUCCUUUUUUUUUCCCAUGUUGCACUAAUGUUACAACACAUACAGAAGUGUUGGUUCAAUACGUAUAGCAAAACAUUCAGACUUGAUUGCAUUCAAUCUGCUACUGUGGUUGUCACAGUAACACGGGAAAGACUUGGCUUACAUUUGCCCAUCUCUUGUUCUUUCAUCCAAGGAAGACAUAUUGUUUCUGCGAUGAGCAGAACGGCGAUGGUUUCUCUUAAGCACUGAAAUGUAUGUAGACAGUUGAUAUAUAUAUCAAUGCAAUGUAAGAAAUGUAACAUGAGAUAAUAUAAUGAAAUAAUGGAGUCUCUGGACGUCUUUACUAGUCGUAGGAAACCCUUUUACUGAACGUAGGCUCUGCAAGGUCAGUAAAGAUCUCUAGACAUAUCAUUAUUGGUAAGAUUAUUUCCUUACUAAUUAAGGAUAAUUAUUAUAUUUUUUCAAUAGAUUAGAUUUAAGCUGUGCUUUCAUAUAGUUAUGUUUGUUAAAUGAAAUUCAAGUGGGGAUGGGACGAAUCGGGUUGUACUAUUCAAUACAUAAUGCAGACUACUCGAUCUUCAUUCAUCAAUGGUUCUAUAACUGACCCCAUACACCUUUCCCGAAUUGUUUAUAACGUUUAUUAUUGCUUAUUGCAGGAAGUGUUGAAAUCCAAGAGGGCUUAAAUAGCCAACCUGCAAUGCACCCAUUUAUUGAAACGUAACUACCAGCAACCUUGUCAGCCAUUGCUAUUGUGCAAUGUAGGAAAUUUGGAAAGGUACUUGUGGGUAGUGUGCCUUCUGGGACACUGCGGCAUAUAUACCUAUGCCAAGAACCUUUACCAAGUGCACUGUGAACCUGAAUGUCAUUUAAUCUGGCAGAUUUUCAAGAGAGCACUAUGUGGUCCUACUAUAAAUCUCCAGAAAAAAACCUCUGUCACUUCUGGAGUGACUUAAAUCUUUUAACAAAAUGGUGAAGGUACAGUGCAGCCACAGAUGCAUCACAUGUCCCCCUUAGUUCAACAACAGUCAGAGGGUUUCAUGGUAUCAAGGGUUCCCCAUGAGAAUAAUUCACACAAUGUAAUUUCCAGGGAAGAAGUUUAAUAGAAUAAGAUAAAUGAAAUGCAAGUAAUAUUGCAUGCCUACUGUAUGUUCCAUUCAAGGUACUGUGUGGACAUAGACAUGGAUUCAAUCAUAAAUAACAAUUUUCAUUUAUUAUUA